GACUGCAAUAAUAUUCGUAGUAUCGUGAUGCUAUGGAUAUACUUACGCUAUAUUGGUAAUUUCAAGUAUCUGUAUUAAGAAAUGUAUUAAAGACAUAAAGACUUUAAGUGGCAUUGCUCAAAAACGGGUUACCAAUAUAAAAACAUGAAAAAACUCGUUAACGGAGCCCACGUGCGUGACAGUUGCGGUUAUGUUUCUUAGUGUGUAGUGUAGUUUGUAUAAUUAAACUAACAACAUCGUUGUAAAUAAUUUUAAGAAUUCAAAUAAAUCAUGUCAACUUGUAAAAUACACAACAUUAGGUUUUAUAACCUUGAACCCCGAUCUGUUACAUGUUUAUCAUACGAAUCGAAAACGAGAAAGUUAGCACUUUCGAGAAACGACAAUUCGAUUGAAGUUUGGAAUGUUGGAAAUGCACCUUUUGUGGAGUGUAUAAUAGCUGGUCAUCCAGAAAAUUCCAUAGAAAGCAUUCUCUGGAUCGGGUCAAGAUUAUUCUCGACUGGUCUUCAUGGCAUGAUAGCAGAGUAUGAUUUAACAACAUUAUCUAUUAAAAAUGAAGUUGCAGUUACUGGUGGUGCAGCUUGGUGCAUGGACGUUAAUCAUGAGAAAACGUGUUUAGCUGUUGGCACAGAAGAUGGAUAUAUCAAUACGUUUAGUGUAACUUCUGAUGCGUUGAUAUACGAAAGGAUCUUUGAUAAACAGAAAGGUAGAAUUCUGUGUAUUAAAUGGGACAAUACUGGGGAAAUGAUUUAUACUGGGUCUGCAGACACAAUUAGAGUUUGGAGUGCUAUAUCGGGUCAUGCAAUCCAUAAGAUGACAACUUCUAGAAAGGAAGUAAAAAAGGAAACUAUUAUUUGGUGCUUAGAAGUCACAGAUGAUAAUAUUAUCAUUUCUGGCGAUUCGCGUGGAUGUUUAUCUUUUUGGGAUCCUCACAUGGGAACUUUAAUCGAGUCUCAUGAAAGUCAUACUGCGGAUGUAUUAGCUGUUACUUUAUCUCAUGAAACAAAUGUUGUGUAUUGCGCUGGGGUUGAUCCUGUAGUAAGAAGUUUUUGUAAAAUAAUUAUGAAAUCUACUGGCAAACCACAAUGGGUAAAAGGAAUUGAAAGGAGGUUACAUGCUCACGAUGUAAGAGCUUUAGUGGAUGCAGAUGGAAAAUUGUAUUCGGCGGGUGUAGAUGGAUAUCUAGCACAAUCGAGCUAUCCACCUAAAAUCCUUGUAAAAUAUCCACCAUUGCUUCAACCACCGUGUGCUACUGUUUGUAGAAAGUCUAGAUGUAUUCUAUUAAGAUACACAAAUUUUCUUGAAUUAUGGAGGCUUGGUUCUCCGACUAAGGUAUCCCCGGAAUCUGUACAUCCUGGUAUGUUUCAUCAAUUGGAAGAAGAGCCUAUAAAAUUGUUACAAUUGAAAACAAGAGGAGAAGAGAACAUUAUUUCUUGUGCUAUUAACAAAGAUUCUAAGACAAUUGUAUAUUCCACUGAUAGUCAUGUUAGAGUUUUCCAUUUUGAUGUAGUCGAGGGAGAUGCACAAUUAUUGAAGAAUGACAGUGAUAUUUCUGUAACUAGAAUACAGAAAAUGUUGUUUAGUCCGAACGGAAAGUUAUUUGUAACAGUUAACAACGACGGGAAGAAGAAUACCGUAACAUUAUAUAAAGUGAAAAAGAAACAUUUAUGGUUCCUUGGUUCUUUUUACACAAAUCAGGAAUCUAUUGUAGACGUGGGACUUAUGUGCUUUUCCCCUGAUAGUAAAUAUUUCAUAUGCGCCGAUCGUCAAGGUAUCAUCGCUGUAUAUAACAUUAACGAAGCUGAGACUACCGACACACCUGUGGCAUGGUUAUUGCCCAAAUAUAGCUGCCCAUUAACAGCUAUGGCCGUACAGAAAAAUACUCUAAAUUUGGUCGUCGUGUAUUCUGAUCAUAAGAUCAUUGAAUACAACAUUUUGCAAAGACAAUACACCAAAUUUUCGAAUAACUUGCAAAGCCGGUUGCCGAAGCAAUGGCUAGCGCGGUCGUUCCCGAUAACGAAUAUAAUUUUUGAUCCCCGUAACGAAAAUAUCAUAAUAAUGCACGACGACUCGACAGUCUAUGUAAUCAACAAAUCGAACGAGUUACCGGAAAAGGAAGCUAAAAUUCCAAAACGCGAAAAUGGUGACAUCACGGAGGAUAGCAGUUCCGUUCUAAGUUCGCAGUCCCAACAAACUUUUCAAGUUCUUAAGAAAUACAAGCAUCUUGUUUAUUUGGACUGGUUGAACGACGAAGAACUAGUGGCAGUCGAAGUGAAUCCGAUAUCGUUGACAGAGAAGUUACCACCUACUCUCAAACAGAAAUGGUUCGGAGUGUAAAUAUUCAGCGGAAACGAGCAAAGUACGUUUUAUCUUAUUGGUGGGAUAAAAUAUUAUGUACAAAGUUAUCAGUAUGUCUUCUAUGUAUAUGCUAUUAAAAAAAUACGACUCAUGUACUUUAGAAACACUCUAUUACGAUUAUACUGUUUGUAAUUGUACGAGAUUAUGACAAUUUAUUUUUAAAUACAAUCGAUACAGUGUACGAUACAUUGUAUGCAAAAAAACAAAAACAAGUAUUGUUUAAAAAACAUGUUAAUAUAGUGUA